AUGCUCCUACAGAAACAUUUUAAAUUAGUUCCUAACCAAGAUAAUAAUUUAGAAGAAUUGAUAAAUGAAUUGGCUUUAUCUAAAAAGAAUAUCAAUGAAAUAAGGAAGUAUGGAACAAAAUUAAAAAGGCACAAUGAUGAUAUACAUAAAGGUUAUGAUAAUAAUAUAGAAGAUAAGGAGAAUUAUAAUAAUUUAAGUAUAAAUAAGGAUAAUAUUAUAUGCGAAAAUGAUAAUAACUUAAUAUAUAAGGAGGAUAACAUUACAUAUAAAAAAAAUAAUAAAAAUAUCAUAAAUAAUAAUUUUCAAGUGAGAACUAAAAAUGGUUCCAUAUCUAAUUUGUUACUGAAUAAAAAAAGGAGGGAAGAAAAAAUGAAAGAACAAACUAAUAUAAGUAAAAAGCAAGAUAAUGUUUACAACCAUGAAAAUUGUAACGAUAAAAGUAUGAAUAAAAUUGAAUAUUCUAAGUAUCCUAUCGAUAAAAAUACUAGUGAAUACAAUUUAUUAUGUUCCAGUAAUGUAUUGAAUUUGUCUAAUUUUAAAGAUAAUUCCCUCUUUCAAAGAAUUUUUAAGAGUAUUGAAGAGGAAAAAAUGAAGAGUAAAUAUGAAAAAAUCAAGAAUAAAAAAGAACAGUGGCAAAAGAGAAAACUGAAAAAUGAACAUAUAAGAAAUGAACAUAUAAGAAAUGAAUAUAUAAGAAAUGAACAUAUAAGAAAUGAACAUAUAAGAAAUGAACAUAUAAAAAAUGAAUAUAUAAAAAAUGAACAUAUAAGAAAUGAACAUAUAAGAAAUGAACAUAUAAAAAAUGAACAUAUAAAAAAUGAAAAUAUAAAUAACGAAAAGAUAAAAAAUGAAAAUAUAAAAAAUGAAAAGAUAAAAAAUGAAAAUAUAAAAAAUAAAAAGAUAAAAAAUGAAAAGACAAUAUAUGAAAGAUCACACAAUAAAAGCUCUGACAAUAUAUCAGACAACAUUAUUCAACUUGAGGAACUAUCAAAAGAUGAAAAAAAGAAAAAAAAUGAGAUAUUAAAAGCAAAACGAAAAUGUUCUUAUAACAACACAUUUAGAUCUUUUUCACCACUUGUUAGGACUAGUGAAUAUACUGAUAAUAUUUCAUUUAAUACAAAUAACGAAAAUAAAAACAAUAAAUUUAUGAAGCAUAAUGUUACAAAUUAUAAUGAAGACGUCAAAAGAAAGAGAUAUAUAUAUUAUAAUGAUAUGAAUAAGAAAGAAACGAAAAACAUAAAAUACGUAGAUAAUAAUAUAAAACCUUUAUAUCAUAUAUGGAAUAAAAAAAAUUAUACUACAGAUUGUGAUAAAAAAAAAAAAAAAAAAAAGGAAGACAAUAAAAAAGGAAAAGAUGUACUAUAUAAUUUUGUUAUGGAAAAAAGAGGCCAUAUUGAAAAUUGUAAAAAAAAAAUUAUAAAUAAUAAUAAUAUAAAUGAAAAUUUUCUAAAAUCAUAUAAGAAUAAAAAAAAACAUAAAAGGAAAUGUAAAAGUAUGAACAACAUAUGUGAUGUAAAAAAUAAUGGCGACAAUGUUAUAGAUUAUAAAAAAAUGUGUACUACGUUUAAAAAUUUAAAACAUAUAAAGAAGAAAAAUAUUCUAAGAAAAAAGCAAGAAUAUAUAUGUGAUAAUAUAAUUAACAAAUAUAAUAACUCAAGUGAACAUUAUUUAAAUAUUACAACGUCAAAUGAAUCAGUUAAAAGUUUAAAGAGUAACAGUGCUUAUAUUUUUAAAUAUAAAAAUAGUCAUAUACCUAAUUCUUUAUUAAUAAAAAAUCAAAUUAAUAAUAUAAAGGAAAAUAAAAAAAACAAAAGUAUUAAACCUUCAUCGAAACAAGAUAUAUUUUGUAAAUCAGGAGAUAUAAAUUUGUAUGUUCAUAAAUAUCAAUAUCUAGUUUUGAAGAAAAGAAAAAGAAAAAGAAAAUUCAUCCACGUAAGGAGUAUUAUAGAGCAAAAGGGGGGUAGACGCAAAUGUAUACAUAUGUUUAAAAAAUGGAUACAUGAAAAAAAUGUAAAAUUAAGUAAUUGUAUAAUCAAUGAUAAUUUUAAUAACAAUAUAAAAUAUUAUAUAAAUAAUAAAUCUCCCAGUAAACUUAAUAAAAAUGAGGUAAAUUGGAUCAUCGAUAAUGAUAUAUAUAUGAACAGCACAGAAUGUAGUGAUAAAAGGGAAGAUAUAAUGUUAACAUCUCAUAUUAUAUCAUCAAAUGAUAAUAAUGGUUACAUACCUGAUGAAGAAAUACAUAUUGAAAACGCAAACACAAGCAGAGAAGAAGUUACACAAAUUGAUAUAAUAAAUAAUAAAGAACAAAAUAUAAGUUCAAAUUCUGUUAUUAAGGGAAAAUUGCAUAACUCUGAUACAAAUGAUAUGAAAGAUACUCAUAUGUUGAAUAACGAUAUAUCAAUUAAUUUAUUGAAUAAUGAGGAAAAUAUUGAAGAUAAAAACAACAUGAUGAAAUCAUUUAAUGAUUCUUUUUUAGAAAUGAAUAAUGAAAAUAAUAAGAAUUUAAAUGAGAAUAAUGGAAAUAUGAUUGUGUGUACAAAUAUAGAUAUCGAAGAACAAAAUAAUACACAAAAGGAUAAUAUUAAAGAGCAAUCAGAUAUAUCGUAUACAAUAUAUUCUCAGCAGGAUGAAAAAAAAGAUGGAACACUUUCAAAUAAUUAUACAAAUAAUUAUACAAAUAAUUGUUUAAAUAGUUACAUUGAUCUUGAAAAUAAGAAUAUUCCUUUCCCUAAUAAUGAUAAAAUAUAUAAGGAUGUAUUAUCGUUCUAUAAUAUGUAUAAGGAUAAAGUAAAAUUUCUUUUAUUAGAAGAAUGUAAUUAUUUAAAAGAAUUAAGAAAUGUGAUAGAAGAAAAUUCGAAGAAUAUGUCAGAGAACCUUAACAAUAAUAUAUCAAAAAAUGAAUAUUAUAGUAAUAGCAUUUUUGAAAAGAAUCAAAGUUUAUUUGAUGAAUUAAUAAAGACUUUAAGAAGUAAUAAAAUGUCAGAAAAUAAUACACACAGUGAUUUAUUUAAUAUGAAUAGAAAUUCAGAAAACGAAAAGAACAUGAAAAAAAAUAUCAUAGAAAGUAAUAAAAAUGAUCUAAUUAAUUUUUAUAAGGAUCCAAUAAAUUUCUUAUUUAUAUGUAAUCAAACUGAAAAGAGAAUAAAAGAAAUUGAAAGGAUUCUAAAUAUAAAUGAUAAUGAUAAUCAUAAUCAUAAUGGUAAGGUAGAUAAUAUUAAUGAUGAAUAUAAUAUGGAAAAGACAAAGAAUAUAUUUGAAAAAAAGGAAACGAAUUGUAAUAAAGAUGAGAAUAAAAAAAAUAUGUGUCAAGAAAAUAAUUUUUUGUGUAAUAAUAAUAAUUAUAAUAAUGAUAUUAUAAAUAUUAUAAACCCAUCACAAUUACAUCAGAAUAAAAUUGAAGAAACAAAUUUUAGAAGUAAGAAUCCUUUUUUAUCUGUAUUUAAUUUUAAUUCAUUAAUAUUAGCAAAUACAAUAACAGACAUACAAAAAGAGAAGAAUGAUUCUGUUAAAAAAAAGAAGAAAACAAAUAAAUAUAUUAAGGUUAGAAAAAAUAAAUAUUUUAAGUUCUCUCAUUUAUAUACAAUGUAUAUACAAAAUAAUUUUGAUUAUUUGUAUAAAAAAAACUCCUCUAUAUAUUACAUAAUCAAUUUAAAAAGUGUAGAUAUGAUGUGUCACAAUGUUGAUAUUAGAUAUAUAGUAUUAAAUAAUAUAAGAAGAAAGAAUUUCACAUAUUCGUUUCCUAUAAUAAAAAGAAACUAUUAUAUAAAAAGGCAUCUAAAUUGUAAUAAUAAAAUUAAUCCUAAAAGAAAAAACUAUAUAUUUCUUUUUAAGUAUAAUAAAUUUUUUUAUAAAAUGUUGGAGAAUCAUAGGGAGGAGAGGAAUUUAAUUCGUAUGAAAUAUAAAUGUACACCUCAGAGUAUUAUGAUACCAAUAUUAGAUAAGGAUAAUUUCUUAAAUAGUAAAAUAUGUGAUAAUAAUUUGAAAUAUGUACAUAAUACAACUAUUAAUAAAUUUAACGAUUUAACAAAUAAGGAAGAAAAAAAUAUGGUAUAUUUUCCAUCAAUAGAUAAUAUAAAAAAAGAAAAAAACAUUGAUAUCGUAUAUGGAAAUAUGAAAAAUGUAUUGUAUAGGCAAGAGGAUGAUAAAAAUGUAUAUAUGCAUGUACAUAAUAAUAAUAUUCAUUUGAAUAAUAAUUCUGAAUAUAUUAAGUCAAAUAGUUUGGAAAAAAAUGAUUCUGAUUUAUUCACUUCCAACAUAUUAAAUAAUAAUUUGAUGUAUCAAGAAGAAAAUGAUAAUAAUCCUUUGAGAAAAAAUAAAUUAAACCAUUCAUAUAAUUCGAUAAAAUCAUUGGAUAUAAAAGAUGAUAUUAAAUUAGAAGAAAAUAACAAAGAGAUAAAGAUUAAAGAAAUGAAAAUAAAUUAUAAUAAACCAUGUAUUGUACACUUAAAAAAAAAAAAUGAUAUACCAAAACAGACAGAAAAUAACAAAAUAAAUAUGGAAAACAAAAAUAUGUUAUCUAAUAGUAAGGAAUACAUAACAAAUUCUAUUAAAUAUGAGCAUUCUAAUAAUUAUUAUAAUAAUAUGAUAAAUAAUGAAAAGUAUAAAUAUCAUACAAAUAAUAAUAUAUAUAGUUUAAAUAUGGACAAUACAUGUGACAAUUAUUCAUCCAUAUAUUUACAAAAAGAUGAAAAGAACAAAAAUGGAUUAAAUGGUAAUAAAAAGAAAAAAGAAUAUUUCUUUAAUUUAUAUGAAAGUAAUUACAAUCCUUUUCAUAGUAAGGAUAAAGUUAGGAGUAUGUACAAACUUAAUAAUUCUUAUGAUAAUAUUGUUAAUACAUUAUGUAGUAGUGUAGGAGGAGGUGAAAGCUUCCAUUUAUCUAAUAAUAAAAAUUAUAAGUUCAAUCAAAACAAAUCUAGUAAUAUCACCAGAACAUCAGAACAUAUAAAUUUAAAUAGUCAAAGAAAUAAGGAUAAAUCCAAAAUUAUAAAUCAAAGAAAUUCUAACGAACAUUAUACAAAAAAUGAUAUGAUACAUAAUUUAAAUGUUCGGGAAAAAACAUAUCCCUAUGAUGAUACAAAUAUAUUAGAAAAUAAAAAUUUUGAUAAUAUAAACAAAUUAAGAAAUAAAAGAAAUACAGCAUAUAAAAAGAAAGAUAACUUAUUUUUCAAUAAUGAUAUAAACAAAAAUAUUAUAACAAAUGUGAAUGAUCGUGACUAUGUUAAUGUAUCAUUUGAAGAUACCAAGAAUGAAGGUAAUUUAAUAAAUAAUAAAAAAUUACAAAAAAAUAAUUUUAAUAGCAAUUCAAUAUAUAAAUGUGUUAGGAAGAAUAUGAAUGAAGAUAAUUUAUUUUUAUAUAAUAAUAAAAUAUCAUCCGAUUUAAAUAUUGAUAGUAAAUUCUUAUAUUCUAAUAAUAUAACAUCUGAUAAUAAUAAAACACAAAAUGAAUGUCAUGUAGACAAUUAUAAUUUUAUGAAAAAAGAAGGAAAAAAUAAUUAUUCUUAUGUUAAACCUAUUAUGAAUACAUUAAUUAAUAAUAAUAUAAAUAAUAAAAGUAAAAUAUUUAUAAAGGAAGAGGAUAUAUUAGGAAAAAAUAAAAAAGAAAAUUUUAAGUUAUGUGAAUCAAAUAAAAAUUCAUUUUAUUUUUCGAAUGAAAAUAUGAAUAGUAAUAAAUUGUUGAAUGUUGAAACUAAUAAGCAUUACAACAUAAAGGCAUUAUCAUAUAAUAUUAAUAGAAAUAUAAAUCAAAAAAAAUUAAAUGAAUCGAAGAGAUAUGAUUCAAGUUUUAAUACUAAUAAUGAAGAGGGUAAUUUUAUUGAUAAUGAAAAUUGGGAAUGUAAUUACAAGGAUGAAUUAAAAACAAAUUGUGGAAAUUCAAUAAAGUAUAAUAAUGAAUAUUUGGAUAAUUAUUAUAUUAAUUCUCUAUUAAGUCACUCUUUUAAUAUAUAUGAUAAUAAAAGUAUAUAUGAUGAGGGUUCCCUUUUAAAUGGUUUAUCUAGUAGUAUAAUGGAUACGGAUAAUUUAGAUGAGAUAAUACAAAAAAUACGUACUUUAAAAACAAUAAAUGAAAGAAAUAAUAAUUAUAUAUCUUGUUUAUAUUGUGAUAAAUAUUUAUUUAAAUUAGAUAAUUAUCAUGAAGAUUUUUUUUUUGUUUGUUCAAAUAAAGAAGAAUUAAGAAAAGAAAAGUAUACAUGUUCGAUUUGUAAACAUAAAUUAAGAGUAUUAAAUAAAUAUAAAAAGGAUAAUGUACAAAAGUACAUAAAUAUUGUGGGAAAUGAUACUAUUAGGGAACGUUCAACAAAUAUGAUUAUAAAAAAUAUGGAUAACAACAUAAAGGUUAAAAGAGAUACAAUAAAUGAGAAUUAUAUGGAAGACGAAUAUAUGAAACACUAUAAUACACACGAUAUUAAGUAUGUGAAUAAUAAUAAUUAUAAUGAUGGCGAUAGAAAUUAUGAAGAAAAUCAUAGUGAUUAUACAAAAGGUGAUGAUACAAUUAUUCAAUCAAAUAUGAUUUAUUUAAAUAAAGACUUCCAAGAUGGUUUUUCUUAUAAUAUAGAUAAAAAAAAAAGCAUAUAUUCAAGAAAAAAAAAAUUCUGCGACUUUAAAGAAUUGAAUAAUUUUGGUACCAAAAAUUUAUAUAGCGAUGUCUUCAAUGUACCGAAAGAAUGUAAUAAAAGUAGUACUUACACAUCUCAUAAAAGUAAUAUAUUUGAUGAAAAAAAUGAACUAAGUAAUAUUAAUUAUUAUGAUAACAAUUACGCAAAUGAUAUAUAUUAUAUAUGUAAUAAUAAAUCUAAUAAUGAUAUGAAUAGAACAUUUAAUCAUAUACAUAAAAAUUAUAAAUCAUAUAGUGAUGAUGAAAUAAACAAAAUAUAUAAUAAAAAUGACCACAUGGUAAAAUUUGAUAAAAGUUUUUCUUUAGAUAUGUGUUUGUUAAAAUUACGAAGAAAAAAUCUUAGACAAAAUUUUAUUCCAAACGGACGAUUACACAAUAAUAAUAAAAAGAAGAACAGUUUGUAUGAUAGCAAUGGUAGUAGUUUAAUUAUUGAUCGAAUGACUAAUGUAAAUGUAACAAAUAUGAAUACUUAUGAAAAGGAAAAAAGUAUAUAUAACAUAAAUAUAAAAGAAAUCAAUGAAAAUAAAAAUAUUACAUGUGAAAGGAAUUUUAUAAAUAGAACAAUUGAAAAUACAGGAAAAUGUUAUAAUCAUAUGAAUGAUUAUAUAUCAGAAAAUAAUAAUAAUAAUAAUAAUAUUUUUGAGAAUCAAAUUGAAAAGAAUUAUAUGUUAAAUGAAGACAAAUAUAAAGGGGUUGAUAACAAACAUGUGACAAAUUUAAAUAUAGAAAAUAUGUAUUUGAAAGAAGAAAAAAAAAAACAGAUAAAAGAAAUAAGAACAUCAAAUAAUGAAAGUUAUCCUUUAAUAAAUCCAAAACAUAAUUUUUUUAAGUCAUUAUUAAUUAAUGGAGAUAAAAAUAUGUUAAAUAUUUCAAAUGAUGAAAAUAAUUGCUUUAAAAAAUAUUAUUCAACAUAUAUUAAUUGA